GCCUUUCAGCAUUGAGAUUAUCAAUUGAUUCACACAUUCAGUCUCAAUUUUGGUGACGAACAAACUUGUUCAGAGAAAACCAAAUUGAACAAAAAAAAAACCUAGUGAGAGAGGAAAAAAAGAACCAUUUCAUCUCAAUUUCGAUUGCAUUAAAAAGUGUAGAAAAAGCGAAGAACCAUGCCGAAAAACAAGGGAAAGGGAGGGAAAAAUCGUCGUCGUGGUAAGAACGAAAACGAAUCCGAAAAACGUGAAUUGAUUUUCAAGGAAGACGAACAAGAAUAUGCCCAAGUCACGAAAAUGUUAGGCAAUGGCAGAUUGGAAGCAAUGUGCUUCGAUGGUGUCAAACGCUUGUGUCACAUCAGAGGCAAACUUCGGAAGAAAGUCUGGAUCAAUCAAGGCGAUAUUAUUCUGGUUGGUUUGCGUGAUUAUCAAGAUUCAAAGGCCGAUGUUAUCCUCAAAUAUACACCCGAUGAAGCAAGAAAUCUAAAAACGUACGGUGAAUUCCCCGAAUCGGUGCGCAUCAACGAUACAGUUACAUUUGUUGAAGACGGAUUAGACGAAGACAUUGAAUUUGGUGAUGAGAUCAGUUCCGAAGAUGAUGCCGAUUCAGUUGAUGCUAUUUGAUAAGGAGGAAGCACACGCAACUGUUAUCGUUAAGAGAAUUAUGUUAAGAAUAAUCUAUUUCUUCGCAAACAAUUAACUGGUGAAACACAACAGAAAUUCGAUAUACAAAUAAAAUACCACUCACAAAAAAAAAACGAA